AUGCUUAAGGCUCAAGAAGAUAUGCUAUCUAAGUUGGCAAAUUUGUUGGAAGGGAGAAACCCGGAACAUGGAAAGGCCCCUGAGCAAAUGACUGGAGAACCACUUUAUCCUCCAGGGUUUACCUCGGUACAGUCUCAAAAUGUCCAAGGAACGUCUGUUCCUACCAAAGUGCACAUAGAUCCUGUCGACGUUGCUGUGAAUCUUCAACCAGGACCUAGUUCGCACCCCGAAGAAAGUCUCUGUCACCAAGUCCUGGACCUUGAUAAAGAGGCCAAAAAGAAUGAAAACAAACACUUUCGGGAACAAUUCGAACAAUUAGCAAGUGAAGUUCAGGGAACGGUGGCACCACCUCAAAAUGACAAUAGACAAGGGGCAAGGGACCCGAGGAGAGGGAGGCCUCAAUUUGAUCCAAUUCCUGUGACCUAUAAGGAAUUAUUUCACGAUUUAUACGAUCAACAUCUAGUCUCUCCUUAUCAUGUGGUACCUAUACAACCUCCUUAUCCCAAAUGGUAUAAUGCUAAUGUUAAGUGUGAUUACCAUGGUGGGAAUCCUGGACAUUCCAUUGAAAAUUGCACUGCAUUCAAAAAGGUCGUUCAAGCUUUGAAAAGGAGGAAUGUUAUCAAUUUUGGUGACAGUGAACAACCAAAGGUAGCCCAAAAUCCAUUGCCAAACCAUGCUGGAGCCGGGAUUAACACAGUCGCUGAAGAGAAAGGUAAGAGGAUUGUUAUGGAUGUUAGUGAGGUGGAAUCACCCAUGCUUUGGGUAUGGUGCCAAAUGGUUAAAGUGGGAUUGUUGAAGCCUAGUCUAUCAUGUGACCAGUAUAGCAGUGAAAAGGUGUGCCACUACCAUAAUUGCGCAGGACACAAUAUACAACAGUGUCAUGAUUUCUUAAAAUUGGUACAAGGGAUGAUGGACAAGAAAGAAAUCGAACUCUUCAAAGAAUUGACUAAAAAAGAAAAAGCGGAGAUUUGCGCUUCUGAAGGAUCAUCCAAAGGGAUACACAGUGUUGGUUGUCCCAUCGUCAUUACUCCCAAGAAUCAAGUGAAUGAAAGGGUAGCUCCUUCAACUCCAUUUCUAUACAAAGAUAAUAAACAAGUGCCCUGGAGGUAUGAUUGUCAAAUGAGAGAGGGGGCAAAACAACAAGAAGAAAUAAAUGAAGUAGGGCACUUGACCAGAAGUGGUAGGUUCUUUUUCAAAGAGCCAGAGAAGAAGAUUGCUGCUGAAAAAGGAAAGAAUGUCGAUGUUCAGAUAAAAGAAUACGAACUCAUUAUCAAUGAACUGGGGUCGAAGGAUGAAACAGCUCAUCGCAACGUCUUGAUAAAAGUUUUGGACCAGACCUUUGUCUCGAAGGAGUUACCCACAGAAAAGCUGGAGCUACUAGUUGCCAAAAUGCAGGCUGAUAACAUUGUAUCUUUUUCAAAGGAUGAGAUCCCUUCGGGGAUGAUUGACAAUCAUAAGGCUCUACACAUUACAGUUAGGUGCAAAGGGCACGUUUUAUCCAGAGUACUUAUAAGCGAUGGUUCAGCGUUAAAUGUAAUCCCCUUGGUGACUCUACAAAAGCUGCCAGUGGACAGUACCCUAAUGAGGAAUUGUCAAAGUAUGGUUCGAUCUUUUGAUGGAACAAAAAGAGAAGUGUUAGGCAAGAUUGAUAUUCCUUUAACUAUUGGUCCAGCGACAUUUAAAGUGGAGUUUCUUGCUGGGGCAGUUUCAUCAACUUUACACCAGAGGCUAAAGUUCGUAUUUGAUGGAAGAUCGUUUGACAAUGCCACGUUUGUAGCCAAAGGCAAGAAAAUCUCAGAGCCUAGAUCGUCAUACUGCACCAAAACGGGGCACAAACUGACCCUUGGAAGAGGGACCAAAGGUAGCCAAGGGCUAGGACGUCAGUUGCAAGGACCAGUUGGGCCAAAUUACCCUAUUGCUAAAAGAGACAGGUUUGGUUUAGGGUAUCAACCAACUUUGAAGGAAAAACAGAGGGGCAUCAAGAGGAAUCGGGAAUUGAGAGAGGCAAGAUUGACUGGUGAAGACCCAAGUUGGGGACCCAUGACCUUCCCGCCAUUGAGCAUCAUUUUCACAUCAGCAGGGCAUGUGUUUUAA